CACACGCACACACACACACACACACACACAGAAACCAAAUAAAUGAGUCACAACCACAACUCCCACAUCAAUAACAGUUGAAUCAAGAUGGCGGCCGAGGGCGAGUACGAGUCGAUCCUGUGCGUGAAGCCCGAUGUCAACGUUUAUCGCAUCCCGCCGCGAGCUUCAAACCGGGCGUACAGGGCAGCUGACUGGAAGCUGGAUUCUCCAGACUGGUCCGGUCGAAUGAGGAUCACAGCCAAGGGCAAAGUAGCCUUCGUCAAACUGGAGGACAAGGUCUCAGGGGAGCUGUUCGCCCAGGCUCCGAUCAAAGAGUACCCCGGUGUUGCCGUGGAGACGGUCAGCGACUCCAGCCGGUACUUUGUCCUGCGGAUACAAGACGACAACGGUCGCAGUGCUUUCAUAGGAGUUGGCUUCGGGGACCGAGGGGACGCUUUUGAUUUCAACGUGGCUCUGCAGGAUCAUUUCAAAUGGGUGAAACAGGAGGAUGAAUUGAGUAAAAGCGCCCAGCUCGGCGAUUCAGGACCCAAACUGGACCUGGGCUUUAAGGAGGGACAAACCAUCACACUCAACAUCGGGCAAGGUAAAAAGAGGGAUAAGCCCCGCCCACAAGGCUCAGGUGGGUUUGGACUCCUCCCACCACCACCUGGAGGCAAGAUAGCCCCGCCCCCUCUGUCAGGCUCAUCCAAUCACAACAUCGUCCCCCAGACGGGAGACAUGGCUACAGGCUGCCUGUUGGAGCUGGACAGUAGUAACUCUAACACAGUGAUGCAGUCCAACCCUAGUUCAGACCUCUGGGGAGAGUUCUCUGCUCCUGCAAGCUCUGUCCCGCCUCCGUCACGACCUCAGAACGCCGGAAACUGGAUCCAGUUUUGAGCCGUCCCGUCGGCUGUGAUCUCAUCCCACCUGCAUCGUGUCUGUAGCUUCCUGUGCAUCACACUGACAGUAACUCCCACACACUGACCCCAAAGCAGAGACGUGAACCUCCACAGAGCUGUACAAGCACCUCAACACAUCAUUUAACCCAGAAAGAAUCGCUCGUCUUUCAGAUAUCCUCGACAGGAAAUGAAGCAUCAAUGUGUAUUCAAAAGCCAUUACAUGAUAUGAGCCAUUUCCCAAAAAGUAUUUAAGGGCUAUGUGUGGCGUCCUGAGUAGCAGGAGUUCCUCUUCUAUGUGUCUGCGUGGCCUCCCCAGCAGAUGGCUCUCUCUCUCUGCAGAGCUUUAUCUCUGAGCCGCUCAUGUUUCUCUCGCUGCAGUGGCGCCCCCUGCAGGCGCUGCAGAGAGCUGCAUCUCAAGAAAAGGCCCCAGUGUUUCCUGUGCAGAGCUCAGCUUACUGUAGGUGUAAGAUGCUUUCUUUAUCGCUCUAAAAUCGGUAUUUAAAUCUUAUUUUUGUGCAUCAGCCCAGUUAUUCCGACUGAAAAUUAAAUUAUCUAACUUAUUUAAAUGAAAAAUUCUAUAGAAAGAGCAGGCUGAGGCAACACUUUUACCUUAUUUGCAACAGUUUUCACUGAGAAAAGUCGGAUUUCUAGCCUGAAAAGGGGAUUAAAUGACUCUUCCUGUCCUCACACUGUGAAAUUUCUGUAUUUAAAACAACUGCUGUAGGUCUAAAGUGCGGUUUCACUGCAUAAUGAUGAUGCAAGUGGAUUUUAAAGAUGCAACUUCUUUGCUUUAUGGGGUGUGAAAAACGAAUUUGCCAAGAUGCAACCCUCUGCUUCAAUCACCUUUAUCAUGCCUUUACUAAUAUUUAUCGCCACAAGAAGCAGGAAUUAUCCUCUGUACAGUAUUAAGUGUUCAUAGAAUCACUGAGCUCACAUUAAGUGGGAUGACAUGUAGGUUAAAAAAAAAGGUCUAAGAUAGAAAUAUACGGGGUAUAUUAACAUUCCUGUCCGCUGUAUUUAAUCUAUAAAUUUAUGUUUACAAUGCAAAAUCAUAUUGUGUUUACGACUGGGUGGCUUAUUAUGUUGUUGUAUUGAAAUCCGGAGCCAAAUCCAGACAUGUAUUCAAUUAUUGACAUACUUUGACUGUAUUUUUAAGAUAAUAAGAUAAGAAUGAGACAUAUUUUUGCUGAAUUUGGCGACAGAUGUUCGUCUGCUGGAAGGAAAUCAAAACGACUUAAAUACUGAAGAGGCCUUUUAAACUUCCCCAAUCAGUUCUUUUUCACCUCAUACCAGUUAGCUUUCCAAAAUCAAGUUCAACUGAAUAAACGAGGUAAAGCAGGAAUGUAAGGAUAGUUAUCAGACAGUACUAUUUAGCUUUGAAAACCUACUUUAAAUGGAUUGUUUUGAAGUGAGAAUGUAUGAGGUACUUAUUCAUAGGAUUUAAGCCACACAAAAGAAUCAUCUAAAUCACUAAACUGUAUGAUAUAUUUUGAGUAUUUUCACUGCUUUGCUGCUCCAUAAGACCGUCGUAUUAAAGUGUUCACGUUUGGGAUUAAAGCAUUUUAAAGCUACCAGACUCUAUUAACAAAAACAUUAAUUUAACCUCACAGAACACAGAGCUGCUGGUAUUCAGUCAUGGCAAAAAUAUUAACCACCUUGUGGAUAACAACAAAAAUAGCUGAUAAGAGUUUCAUUUAAGAGCUGAUAUCUUGCUAUUUUCCAUGGUUUUCUUGAUAAUGACUUUGGUUAUUAUCUAUAAAAAAAUAUGGAAAAUGUCUAGAUAUCAGCUCUUACAUUAAACUCUUAUCAGCUAUUUUUGUUGUCAUUAUAUUUUGUCCAAUCAAAUGUACCUUAAGUUGUACCAGGCAUUAAAAUCAACAAGAUAUUAGACAAAACAUGGAUGGUCUAAUAUUUUUUUUUCCAUGACUGUUUAUUUGUGUUAUUGUGUCACUUUUAGGUUUGAAAAAGUUAGUUUGGAGUCAAUAAAGUGACACAAUAACACAAAUAAAGUAACUGCUGUGUUCUGCAAGGUUAAAUGACUGUUUUUUUCAGUGGAGUCUGGUGGCUGUUAAGAAAGCAGAGAUGACGGCUUGUCUGGUGGCAAAUACAAGCUGUGAAAAUACAAAUAUAACAUAUAUAUUUGAAACUAUUCUGAGUGCCAGUACUCCUGUCUGCAUCAUGGAUAAAUAACUUCUACAACCCCGCUUUAAAAGACGCGUUCCUGACAUCAUCAGAGGAAUGAUGUAAAGUAAAUAUCAGCUUCACUUUUUGCAUUAAAUAUGUAUAAAACUAUUAAUGUACACCAGAUUUACAUUAAGAUGCACCUCCCAAAUGCUCCCGUUCUGUAACAACCCACUUAAAGAGAAAACAGGUUUUUGAGAGCGUUUAUCUGCUUUUUCAUGUUUGUGAAAUGACUUUUUAAUAGAGAAAAUGUUUGGGGAACUUGCUGCUCAUAUGACCUUUUAGUACUAAAUACUGAAUGUUUCAUGGAAGUAAGAAUAGAUUUUGAUAAAGUACAGAAAAUAAAUAAAGUUUCUGAUGCAGAAGCUGCUGAGGUUUAGACAAUCUGAGGGAAAUAUUUGGCACUUAAAGGAGUAAUUCAACAUUUUAGGAAAUACUACUUUGUAGGGCUGCACAAUUUGGAAAAAAACACACUCAAAAUAUUAAAGGAAAUUAUACAUUUUGUGUAAUUUUUCUCCUUUAAUUAAAUAAAAAUGUAAAAUGGUAAUAUAAUCAUGCUUUUUAUGAGGAUCUCUAUCAAAAAACCUUUUUAUUCUCAUUUUUAGAAUAAAAUUUGUAGGCCGGAAAUCUGUAGAGCACCACAAAACUUAAUUCAGAACGCUAUUUUGACAUGUUUUGCCUUUAGGAAAUGUUGCGGUUUGGAAGAUGUAUUAGUGAAUUUUGCAACUUCUAUGAAAUUUUAAUUAAUUGUGCAGGACUACAGAUUUGUUUUCAUACUGACAGUUGAUGAAAUUUGCCGUCAGACACUCAUAUUUAAGUUUGCACGGUUGGGACUGAAGCUGUUUUGCUUUUCUCUGUUUAAAGCUAUCAGACUCCAUUGACAAAAGCAGUAAUUUAACCUUUCAGAAUACAUGAGUUGCUUUAAUGCUGCCUCGAUGGUAGGGCUGGGCGAUAUGGACCAAAAAUCAUAUCCCGAUAUAUUUAGGCUGAAUAUUGAUAUACGAUAUAUAUCCCGAUAUUUUUAAAGUGAAAGCAAAUGUUCAGUCAAAGUCAAAUAUGACAUGUUACAAGUAGUUAUAUUGAAACUGUUUAUUUAAGUGAACAUAAAUAUAAAUGUAUAACAACAGGAGUACGUUUAAAAAAAAAAAUCAAUUCUCCAUAAAGUGCACAUUUAAAUAAAAAAAAAACAAAUAAAAAUUGCCUGUGAAAUAAAAUAGGCCAAACUGUUUCUGAAAUAACUAUAUUUAUAUGAGAAAAGAAUAACGGACAUUAUAAAAUAACUAAAUAUCAAACCCUAGCAGCAUUUAUAUAUAAAGAAAGAAAAAAAAAGAAAGAACUUUAUCAAUAUAUUCAAUAUGCUCUUAUUCCAUAUCACAUUUAAAAAUAUAUCGAUAUGUAUCUUUUAAUGCCCUAAUCGAUCGGUUAGUGUACUUGUGUUAUUGUGUUAUUUUAGUGUUUAAAAGGUUAAAUUGGAGUCAAUAAAAUGACACAAUAACACAAACAAACUGACAGAUGAAGACAGCGGUCGAUCAGCAACUCUUGUAUUCUGCAGUUACUGUUUUUGUCAAUGUAGGCUGGUGAUGAUUGAUAUCAGUCACGUUUAUGCAUUUAAUUAGCUUAGCUUAGCAUCAAGACUGGACACGGGGAAACAACUCAAAAAAUCUCACUGAUUACCAUCUUUGCUUAUAUUUCCCAACAUGUUGAACUACUCCUUUAUUUAUUUAAAUACUGAGUGACUUUAGAUAAAAGAAUGAAGCGAACUGAUGCAGUUAUCCCUGUGUGGCUUAUUUCAGACUGUAAAUGAAAGUAAAAAGUGACCCAGUAGAGAUUAGAGCGCUUUUCUUACUUCAUCUGAUGAAUGUCUUCUCGGCAGCAUAUGAUAUGUUCAUUAUUGUUUUUGCAGCAGAGGCUCGAGGCCGACUGUGAAUUUAGACGCUGUUUACACGACUUUGACAUACGAAUUGUCAUGAAUAUUUCUCGACUGUGAAUUCAUUUUGUUUGCGUAGAUUUUUAAGGUUUUGCUGUGAUCAAAUCACAUGAAGUGUAUUUAAUUGGUAUCAGAUACAGGGCUGACUGAUGUCACGUCGACAUGUGUGUUGUGUUUACAUUGCUUGUAUCGCUGGCUGAAAUACAUAUUAAAAAAAAAAUGUCUCCCAUUUCUCACUCGAUCCACUCUGGCUGUAAAAUCACUGGACUAACACUUUUGAUUUAUGACCAAUUUAAUGAGAAAGAGGCAAUAAAUCCUUUCAAAGGA